AUGUUCCCCAGGAAGGUCGCCCCCACUGUCCCCAGCGAGGUCAAAGGAGUCCAUCAUCGAGGCCGGCAAGGCCCCCCGAGGGCUGCCGCCCAGCACCCUCUGCCGUUCAGGGACAAGGGCUGCCGUCGAAGUCCGAGCUGCUGCAGGAGGUCAAGGCCGUUCCCCCCCAUCGGCGAGGACAAGUCGAAGACGGAGGAGGUCAAGACUGAUCCUGCCGUCGGUGCCGCCCCUGUUCUGGUCACCGAGGAGGUCAAGCAAGACGCUGCUGCUGCCGUUGCCGCACCUGCCGCCAUCACCCCAUCUGCUCCCAAGGUUGAGAUGUCCCCGCCGCCAGCAACCCCGCUCUGCACACCGCCGCGCCCCCCGUUGUGA